AUGGAACAAUUAAACCUGACCACAAUACCCACAACGGCGCUCUCGGACACAGAAACUGACGACGAAGAUGAACGUCUUUUCCAAAUAGAUCGUUUGGUGCCUACUGCUAGCUUAUCUUCUCUUGAUGUACGAGAAAAUGGUUUAUCGCCUGCUGAAACAGAAGACAAGGAAUGGUUGAUAAAAAGCCAACGUGGUCGAAAUGUAGCGGAACUGAAAAGAGAACAUAAAAGACGAGCAGACGGUUUGAGCGCGGACAGGAUGGAAAAAAUACUUAGAAUGUUGGCUAUGGCUUGCGCCUGUACUUUUGGCGUCGGGAGUCAUUUUUCAAGUCAUAUAAUUGGACCACUUAAGGGCAUUCUUAUGGAGCGCUUAAACCUCACAAACACCCAAUUCUCUCUUCUUAUUGCCUCUCUAACACUCUGUAACACGGUAAUACCAAUCGUCUCUGGACUAUUGAUCGCAAAAGUAGGAACAACGAACAGUUCGAUAGUGGUCACUACUGUAAUUUUGAUAGGAAUGAUUGUUGUCACGGCUGCUAGUUGGUCUGGACAAGUUUGGGCAAUGAUUGUAGGAUUUUCUGUGUUUGGCAUGGGUCUAGCACCAUUAACUAUAAUCCAAGAGACAAUAAUAGUCCAAUUCUUUCAAGGCAAUGGCUUGGGAUUUGCCCUGGCUUCUGGGUUGACAGUGGGAAAACUAGCAUCAUUUCUUGCCUCCAUAACUGCUGUUCCGCUUUCCCUGGGCGGAGAACUUUCUUACCGUACACCCUUCAUAGUCGCAACAUUUACAUGCUUUCUCUCAUGGGUAAUGAAUAUAGUAUAUUUAUUUCUUCUAAGACAUGCUGGGAACAGAAAAGUACAAGGGAAUGACGGAGCCUUAUUCCAUAAGGUUAUGGAGAAGAAGACCGUGCAUUGGAGUGCGAUAUUUGAGUUGUCGAAUAUGUUCUGGUGGUAUUUGGUUGUUGUAUUAUUGUUUGGAACUGCGAUGCCGCCAUUUGUACAUUUGUCAAGGUAA